AUGGAGGCUCUAGGAUUUUCCUUAUCCAUUGUCUUGGCAACACCCUUGAGUCUCUCCCACUAUAGAUCAAACAAAGGUGCUCGUUUUGGAAUAUACUGCCAGUGUGUCCCUGUGCAAUCGCUGUUUGUAGACUUUGAGAUGAGCAAAGUCACCAAUGUGUUCCCGGAGAUUAUGGACCAGGAUGUACAUCACGUUGUGGUCAAUGUACUGGAGGAAACACAACGUGCAACACGGACAACGGACACUGUCCAGAUGGCCUGUUCCCCCGGAGAGUAUGGCCAAGAUUGUUCAUCCAACUGUGGUCAUUGUCGUGAUGGCAACACUACAUGUAACAAUGGCAACGGGCAGUGUCCAGACGGAUGUACCGCUGGGUACAAAGGAUCCUUGUGCAACUCCCCAUGUGACCCCGGAGAGUAUGGACUAGGGUGUAUAUCAUACUGUGGCCAGUGUCGUGAUGGCAACACCACGUGCAACACGGACAAUGGCUAUUGCCCACAUGGGUGUACAUCUGGAUACAAACGGCAGUUGUGUAUUAUAUCCUGCGCUUCCGGAGAGUUUGGACCAAACUGUUCAUCAAACUGUGGGUAUUGUCAUGGCGGCAACACCACGUGCAACUCGUACAACGGACACUGUCAAGCCGGAUGUGCUGCUGGAUACAAAGGAGACUUGUGUAAAACCAAAUGUGACAAACAUUACUUUGGGAUUAACUGCAACAGCACAUGCCAUUGCGAUGAAUGCGAUAAAGAGGACGGAUCUUGUGGAGUAUAUUCUUGUUUCAGUGGAUGGAUCGGCGAUACUUGCUCAGAACCAAUGCAAGCUAAUCAGAACACAAGAAAAGAUCAGUCGAUCCAACAAGGAAAUACCGCAGUUGUUGUUGUUGCUGCUGUUGCAUCAACUUUGCUGUUUGUUUCAAUCGUUACAAAUGUAGUCCAGUAUUGCAGAAGGAAGUCAAUACACAUGAAAUGUAAAGAAAAGACAGAUACUGAUAAUUACACAGCACCUGGACCACCCGUUUCAUCUGAUUACGACAGCCUUGAUGUUACAGAGCUGAGUUCAACCCGAGGAAAAAGCCAUUAAAGUAAAUGAGGGCAUGAUGUAUAAUUGACCAUAUUGUCUUCAACAAAAGCUUAUGUUAAUGCUAUUGUUUGUGUGAUUUAGCCAGUCUAUUAUGUGUUAAAGUUACCUGUAAUG